UGUCCCUUAGACUUGCCAGCAGGCAUAUCACAGGUCCAAUCCGGGAUACCUCCCAGUCAUUAUGGUCGUGAUUUGUCGGCAUCUCACCUGUGGUCGGGCCUGUGUCAUGUCCUUUGGACAACAUGUUUCGUCUUUCCAGUCCCCAGUAGUGUGUCCUAAGGCUAGCGUGGAUGCAAGGUAAUGAUCGCAUCUCGCAAGACUGAGCAGCUGGAGAAGGCCUCCGUGGAAAUGUGUAAGCAGAUCGACAGACAGGGCCGUGGACCUGCACAACUACAUCACGUACAGUGCAACAUUCGAAAAGAGGAGCAGGUGAAGAACCUGAUGUCUGAAACACUGUCCACGUAUGGGAAGAUCGACUUUCUUGUGAACAAUGGAGGAGGGCAGUUCCCCAGUGCCGCAGCUAACAUCUCUCUGAAGGGCUGGAACGCCGUGGUGGAGACCAACCUCACCGGUACAUUCCUCUGCUGCCGAGAAGUCUACAACCAGUGGAUGCAGGAGCAUGGAGGCAUCAUCGUCAACAUCAUCGCUGACAUGUGGAAGGGUUUCCCCUCAAUGAGCCACACUGGUGCUGCCCGGUCAGCUGUAGAUAAUCUCACCAAGUCUCUGGCCAUCGAGUGGGCGGCGGACGGUGUGCGAGUCAACUCUGUAGCACCUGGAAGUUCCAUCUACUCGGAGACUGCUGCCGCCAACUAUGGAGAUUCCAAUAUCUUUUCCCGCAACAUUCCAUCGGUGCCAGCUAAACGACUCGGGACAACAGAGGAGGUAUCUGCGGCUGUGUGUUUCUUGCUUUCUCCAGCCGCAUCCUUCAUCUCAGGAGAGACCCUCAAAGUGGAUGCCGGAUCAAGCAUCUACCCCUCUAUGACCUGGACCAUACCUGAGCACAAGAAACUUCCUGCUUAUCGCUGGGAUGAUGAUGAUGAUAGUACAAGCGGAUCACAAAACACCCCGAAGUCCAAGUUAUAACAUAGGGUCCAUAUUCUGAAAAUUAAUAUCCAGUUUCUGACCACCUGAUCUGUGUUGGCCCAUAUGACUCAAGACACAGAGGAGGUUGUUUGGUACUGUUUCACCUCCAUGUUUAAACUGAUUUAGGGUAAAGCUUUCUGCGGAGUUUUUUAUAACCAGGCAGCUAUAUUAUAUAUUUUAUGCAAUUAUGUCCACUAUUGAAUCAUAGAUUUGUGUAUCGUCGGAUCAACUGUUUUCGGACAUCAAACGUUUUCAUACGGCCAUGUUUAUUGCAAGUACUCCUGCUAAAAUGAGGGUUGUGGGGUCACACAGACAUUGUAAGUACUGAGAUGAUGGCUUGAUUCUACGAUAAAGUGAGUGAGAUGUUUUACGGUUGUUCUUGUCAUUAGCAAGAAAACUACGAAUGUUUCUUUACCGUCCGAAAACCCAUAACACGGGGAUAUUUGCAAAUAAAAUUGUAUUGCAAUACAUAUUGGGAUAUAUUAGGAGCUAAAGUGUUUGACACUCAUUGACAAGGAUUGUCCAUUCUGAUCCUAUUUACUACAAACUGAAGUAAAUAUUUCUUAGCAUUUCUAGCUGCCUUUUUGUAGUCAUGGAUACAGGGGAGAUAACAAAACAAUGUGAGAUAACUAUCAAGUCCUCAUUUCUGCCAUUUUGUCAAUCAAUUUCAAAGGGGAACAUCAUUUUAAAAGGUUUUAUGUGUAGAUUUUAGGUUUAAAUGUAUAAUUAAUAUCAAAACUUGUUCUAAUUUUUUCACCCAAUAUACAGAAACACGCAAAAUAUUGCAAUAUGUAUCAUUUGAAAAGCGUGAUCAGUAUACCGGUAUAUCAAUAAUACUGAGCAGUCCUACUAAUGAUGUAUGUUUUUAUGAAGGUGAGACUGAUCUUUUCAUGAUUAACGGAUCUACUUGUUCAAUAUGCAAGUGGAGCAAAAUACAAAACACAAGUUUCAGAUUUGAUUUGAACUCUUGAAAUUAUGACUGAAGUAAAAUACGAACAAGGUAAGAAUAUUUGUAAUCAAACAAAGUGUAAUUGUAAUUUUUGUUGGGAAAAAAAUAUAGACUCUUCUUUAAAACAAGUAAAUUGGGCAGGCGUAACAUAAAAAUGAAAUUGACAGUUCAGACAUCCAUUUGUGCCAAAAACUUAGUCUUGUUUUGUGUGUUCUGUUUUCUCAUAAUAUAAAAAACUUGUAUUGCCUAAGCUUGUAUCAGGCUUUGGACUAUCACAGCCUAGGUCUAAUGGAGUAACUUCAUUUACUGGUUCAAGUCAAGUCCUGGGGGGCAUGGGUGGAACAGUCGUCCAAGGUGCGACAAUUUUCUGAGCAGAUCUCCGUCCACUGGGCAUGCCAUAAUCCUAUGCUCAUGACUUCGAAUCCCUGUUUGCCAUGAUUAUGUUUUUAGGUUUGUCAGCACCAUACCAAUGCUCAUGGGUUUCACGAAAGUGGUAAAUAUCUAAGACCUGUAUCACUUAGGGAUUUCCUUCCACAUAAAGCUGAGACACAUAUAACUGGAACACUGUUCAAAGCAGCGUUAAACCAACUCACUCCCUUAUACAGGUGUUUUUUCUAUGUACCCAGAGGAACAUCACGUGUAUCACAUGAAAGGGAGGCGGAACAUUUGUGCUGAAUGUUUGUAACCAGGCCCAGGAGGGACACAGCCUGUGCAUUCCUGAUGAAGGAAGGUGUGCCCAUGUUGUGAGGGGUAUUUGACUGAUAUACUAAUCAGUGUAGUACCCAACUCGGUCGGAGUGGAGUAGUACCCAACUCGGUCGGAGGGGAGUAGUACCCAACUCAAUCAUAGUGGAGUAGUACCCAACUCGGUCAGAGUGGAGUAGUACCCAACUCAAUCGUAGUGGAGUAGUACCCAACUCGGUCAGAGGGGAGUAGUACCCAACUCAAUCGUAGUGGAGUAGUACCCAACUCAAUCAUAGUGGAGUAGUACCCAACUCGGUCAGAGUGGAGUAGUACCCAACUCGGUCAGAGGGGAGUAGUACCCAACUCAAUCGUAGUGGAGUAGUACCCAACUCAAUCGUAGUGGAGUAGUACCCAACUCGGUCAGAGCGGAGAAGUACCCAACUCUGUCAGAGUGGAGUAGUACCCAACUCAAUCGUAGUGGAGUAGUACCCAACUCGGUCAGAGGGGAGUAGUACCCAACUCAAUCGUAGUGGAGUAGUACCCAACUCAAUCAUAGUGGAGUAGUACCCAACUCGGUCAGAGUGGAGUAGUACCCAACUCGGUCAGAGGGGAGUAGUACCCAACUCAAUCGUAGUGGAGUAGUACCCAACUCAAUCGUAGUGGUGUAGUACCCAACUCAUUCGGGGGGGAGUAGUACCCAACUCAAUCGUAGUGGAGUAGUACCCAACUCAUUCGGGGGGGGAGUAGUACCCAACUCGGUCAGAGUGGUGUAGUACCCAACUCGGUCAGAGGGGAGAAGUACCCAACUCGGUCAGAGUGGAGAAGAACCCAACUCAAUCGUAGAGGAGUAGUACCCAACUCGGUCAGAGCGGAGAAGUACCCAACUCUGUCAGAGUGGUGUAGUACCCAACUCAGUCAAUGAACUGAGUUCAUUUUGUUUCAUAUUGAUCUGUACAGACAUUGUUAUUCAAGUUGUUAAAAUGAAUAAAUGAUGAUUUUGUCUCAAA